UUACUUAGAACACCAAUAGCAAGGAAGUUUGUUGAGGUAAAGAAAGAUGAAGAUAAGGUUUGAAAGGUACCUUGUCCCCUGUGACUUGUGAGCGAUGACUAUAUAUAAGUAGAGAAGUCAUGAAGUUGCAUGUACAGUUAAGUAUGAACGACGACGUCAAAUGCAAAGUUGUUAGCAAAGUGAAAUAGUAGUGGAAAAAAGAUGGUUGUUAGAGUCUCCACCCAGUAUACACUCCAUUUUAGAGAACGCGGACACUUUAUACUUGCCUAUGAAACCUAUUUAACUUUGAAACCUAUUUCAAUUCAACUGAUAAUAAUGGGGUUCUUGUGUUCUCUUGCUUUCUCCAUACAGUUUCUUCUCCUCUUCUCAUCCUCCAUGUUCACAAACUGUUUAACUUUGAAUGAUUCAACUACUACUCAUCAUCAUGAAUGCCAUCAACAUGAAAGCAAUGCCUUGCUCAGCUUUAAACAAAGCUUCUUCAUAAGUAAGUAUGCUUCCUACAAUCCUUUCAGUUAUCCUAAAACUCUUUCUUGGAAUCCGUCCACAGAUAUGGUUCCAUGGAUCCCAAUAUUACCCUUUUCUCACUUGUGCAUCUUCAAAGCCUUGAUCUUUCAGACAAUCACUUCAAUCACUCGCAAAUUCCAGCCAGGAUAGGUGACUUGUCACAACUGAGGCAUUUGAAUGUUUCUCACUUUGGUGAAACCACAUUUUCGGGUGAAGUCCCAACUCAAAUUUCCCAUUUGUCCAACUUGUUAUCCCUUGAUUUUCGCAGCUAUAUUGUGGCACCCCUUGAUAAUUUAUUGAUCAACCAUUUACAACUCAAGGUAUCCACUCUAAAAAGCUUAAUUCAAAACUCAACAAGACUGGAACAACUUCGUCUUAAUUUUGUCACCAUUUCAUCAUCAUUACCUCACACACUCACAAACCUUACAUCUCUGCAAACACUCUCUUUUCGCCAAUGUGAACUAUAUGGUGAGUUUCCUAUUGGAAUAUUCUCUCUUGUAAACUUAACAUCUUUGAAUUUUGCAAGAAACCAAAAUUUGCAGGGCACAUUACCUGCAUCCAUUGGAAACCUGACCAAUUUAGCUUACUUGGCUCUUGGAGGUAAUAGCUUUCAUGGUGAAAUCCCGCAGUCUCUUUUUAGACUCGAAAAUCUUGUAGCUUUAGAUCUAACUUCUAAUUUUUUCAAAGGCCGCCUAGCACUUGACAUGUUUUUGAAGCUAAGGAUGCUUAAGGAUCUUGACUUGUCUCUCAACAAAUUGACUUUGUUCUCACAAAAUAGGACUGUCAAUGUGACAAACCUUCCUCCAAUUCAGUGGUUAGAAUUGAGUAGGUGCAAUUUAAAUGGAGAAAUUCCAACUUGGAUAAUGAACUUGACCACUUUAAAUCUCUUGAAUCUUCAUAACAAUAAUCUUCAAGGUGAAAUUCCAUAUUUCCUCUUCAAGUUAGAGAAUCUUACAGGUCUUGAUCUAGGUGCUAAUAUGUUGGAAGGACAGAUUGAGCUUGGCAUGCUUUCCCAGCUCCAAAAGCUUACUUAUCUUGGUUUAGGCGGAGGCAACAAAUUGUCUUUUGUUGAAGGGAAGAACACUACCAACGUAACAUUUCCUCCUCAAAUUCAAUCAUUGGAAUUAGGGUCAUGCAACUUAGUUCAUUUUCCCAAUUUUAUACCGCACUUGCAAGAGUUGACUGAUCUUUUCAUACCACUGAAUAGCAUAAAGACUAUACCGAGUUGGAUAUGGAAUAAAACAAACUCUUCAGAGUUUGGAAAUUUCCAACAACCUGUUAAUAGGAGAAAUAUCCCCCUUGAUAUGCAAUCUACAAUCCCUUAUAUAUCUUGAUUUAUUUUCCAACUACUUAGUUGGCAUGAUUCCAUCAUGUUUGGGAAGCUUUAGUCAAUCUCUUCAAUAUUUGUCGCUUGCAGGAAACAAACUGACCGGCAAUAUUCCUCAAACUUAUGUGAAACGAAAUGCCCUUCACUGGAUUGAUUUUAGUUCUAACAAGUUGUAUGGUCAAUUACCAAGAGCACUUGUCAAUUGCAGAAUGCUAGAGUUUCUUGAUGAGUUGUCAUGGAUUAUCUUGGGA